UAAAUGUGGGUAUUAACACAUUUUAAUUGAAUAGCAGCUUUUCCCAUUGAACUUUAGCAGCAACCGUUCAACUCUGCACAGUAGCAGCAUACUAAAUAAAACACAGCAUGCAAUGACACAGAAAGACUGGUUAUUCCGCCCCUAUAACCCUAACACGCGCACCUUAAACUGGUCUACAUUUAUGUGACAUGUCAGACCCGUAUUCCCAAUACAAACAUUAGUUUGAAGAUCACAUUCGCUCCUCCCUGAGUCUUUUUGUGACGAAUCAGAUUGAGUUUUGGUGCAGUACCGACUUUCUACAGUGUUAUAGUUUACAGAGUCCCACGGAAAAGGGACCUAUUCUGUGUUCACAUGCAAGCACAGCUGGAUGACUAGUCAAGUGGUAAACGGGAACCCGAACCGCGAAAGGGGUGCUGAAACCGCAAGAGUUGUCUUCUCUGGAGGCAAUGACAUGUCAACUUCCUCAAUACAAGUCAUAGAUACAAGUGAGAUGAAGAUGGAACAUGGUAUGGCAGAGAAACAGGGAAGCUUCACGCUACUAGAACUGAAAUCUAUAGGGACGUCUAUGGCGCGCGCGUUUCCAGACCCCGCUGCAGACGACGCGCAUCAAAAACUUCCACAGAGCACCUGCUCGCUAGCCUUUUCUCCAGAACAAGUGUCGUGUGUGUGCGAGGCUCUGCAGCAGGGAGGUAACGUGGAUCUCUUGGCCAGUUUUCUGUGCUCCUUGCCACAAAACAACUUGUUAAUGGGAGACGAACGCUUGCUGAAAGCUCAGGCUGUUGUUGCUUUUCAUCAGUCUCGGUACCAGGACCUGUAUUUUAUUCUAGAGCACCGUUGUUUUAGCCCGUCAAGUCAUCCUGUGUUGCAGGAUAUGUGGUACAGGGCACGGUACAUCGAGGCGGAGAAGGUUCGGGGAAAACCUCUUGGUGCUGUGGAUAAAUACCGCCUUAGGAGAAAAUACCCACUUCCUCGAACUAUCUGGGACGGGGACGAGACUCUAUACUGCUUCAAAGAGAAGUCGCGAAAUGCACUGAAGGAUUCGUACAAGCGCAAUAAGUAUCCUUGUCCUACCGAGAAGAGAAACCUGGCAAAAAUCACGGGGCUUUCAUUGACGCAGAUCAGCAACUGGUUUAAAAAUAAGAGACAGAGGGAUAAAAACCCACAAGAGACCAAGUCAAAGAGCAGCGAAUCAGACGGAAAUUGCAGUUCGGAGGCGGAGUCCUGCAAGGGCACUGACGACUUCUCCCCCCGCCCCUUGUCCAGUGGCUCAGACGGCUCAGUGGCUAGGGUGGGCGGCCCAGACAUUGGGCCAGUCCUCCAACAGACUGGGGACAUGAGGACAACCUGCAGUUCUGGGGGGGCGCACGUUGGCCCCCUCUUCAGGACCAGCAGCUCCUACAGCCAGCUCCAUGGGACCCUGCUCUUCAGCCAGCUUACCCCGAGUGUCUCUGUGGCGACCGAAGGCCCGUGCCCCCCCAGUGAAGGCGGGAGGCUGCAGUCUGGACUGCCUGUGAAAUCUCUGCCGCUCUACUCCGUCCUCCCAGCCUUAGAGGUGAAGAUGGAGGAGGCUCGGACUCCGGGGUCCUGGGAUGAAGGCCACUCUGACGUUGACCUCCAUUCCAGCUUUGGGCCCCCACCGCUGGGUGGCUACAGCCUGGGCGGAGCCCUUGGUGCGUGCAUCAGCGGUCCAUCGCUUCAACACGGCGCUGAACCUCCACUCCCACUGCUGCCCUCUGUCUCCACAGCGCCCUCUCGUGGUAUGGGGACUGCGCCCUACCAUGGGCUGCAGUUAAGUAGUGCAGUUUAGCUUAGCGUGGGCCACAGGAUGCAUUAGGCUGGUAAAAAAAUUAAUUCU